AUGUCCAUCCAAGGAUCAAGGCUACAAGGCAAGGUCGCUAUUGUCACCGGGGGUGGCUCCGGAUUUGGAGCUGCUAUUGCCCGUCGCUUUGGCGAAGAGGGAGCUAGAGUUAUUGUUGCCGAUAUCAACGCCGAAGGUGGUGAGAAGGUCGCCUCGCAGAACCCCGCGAACCUGAUCUUCCAGCGCAUGGAUGUUACACAAGAGGCCGAAUGGAAGACAAUCGUGGAGCUCGCGUUUUCCAAGUUUGGAAGGCUGGACAUCUUGGUUAACAAUGCGGGAACUACCUACCGCAACAAACCUACAGUUGAAGUCACCGAGGACGAGUGGGAGCGGGUAUUCAAAGUCAAUGUGAAAAGCAUAUACCUGGCCGGCAAAGUUGUCAUGCCUCGUUUCAUCGACCAGGGAACAGGCGGUUCGAUGAUCAACAUCUCCUCCACUGGCGCCUCUCGCCCUCGCCCUGGUCUGGUGUGGUACAAUGCCUCCAAAGGCGCAGUUACAAACGCUACCAAGGGUCUUGCGGCCGAGUAUGGUCCCCACAACAUCCGGGUAAAUAGCGUUGCACCUCUUCUUUCCGGAACGGGUCUAUUUUCCAUGUUCACGGGCAUGGAAGAUACCCCGGAGAACCGACAGAAAUUCAUCGGCAAUGUGCCGCUGGGUCGUCUCACUGAGGCGGAUGACAUUGCCAACAUGUGCCUUUACCUUGCCAGUGACGAAGGCAGCUUUAUUAAUGGAACCGAGAUGGUUGUAGAUGGUGGAAAAUUGCUGGCCAUAAUUAUGGCUUCCGAUUUCCGAUCCAUCCCAGUCAUCGACCUCUCUCUCGCCAAUUUCCCCACUGCGCGACUCGGUCUGCUAGAGCAGCUUCGCUAUGUCUUGACUCAUGUUGGCUUUCUCUAUAUAUCAAAUCAUGGGGUGCCACAGGAGGCGAUAGCCGACCUGAAGCAAAUACUGCCUCAUCUAUUUCAGCUAGACCAGGCAGCCAAAGAUGAAGUAGACUUGCAAAAUUCGCCUCAUUUUCUUGGUUUCAGUCAUGUGGGCUCGGAGACAACAGCAGGACUCGAAGACAGACGCGAGCAGUUUGAAUUUGCGACCGAGUUCACGGACGACUGGAAAGAAGGACAGCCUCUCUAUGAAAGACUGAAGGGGCCUAAUCAAUGGCCGACCGGCGAUUCGACUGAGCGUUCGGUUAUCGAGAGAUAUAUUCAUGAGAUGACGCAACUGGGAGAACGGUUCUUGGCUCUCGUUGCUGAAGCUCUCGACGUACCGACAGAGAGCUUGCUUUCAUUAAUCUCUGAUCAACAUCGGCUAAAAAUCGUUCACUAUCCCCCAUCAGAGUUUCCCUCCAAUUCCAUUGGACAGGGCGUAGGUCCCCACAAAGACUCAUCGGGAUGGUGGACCUUCCUCUUGCAAGCAUCUCCACCGCACGUGAAGGGGCUGCAAGUGCUGAACAAAAGUGGAGAAUGGAUCGAUGUCCCCAUUAUUGAAGACACCUUUGUUGUAAAUAUCGGGCAGGCAUUUGAAGUUGUGACCCAUGGCUUUUGCAAAGCGACGACGCACCGUGUCCUUUCCGGGCCAUUUGAGCGAUAUAGUGUUCCAUUCUUCCAGGGUGUUCGGCGGAAUCUUACGAAGGAUGAAGCACUAGAAACGCUGAAGAUCUACCUGAGCGACCAGGCAUUAUUAGUAGAGAGAGAUCCCAGCUCUCAUAUUGAUUCCGCAUUUCUGCGCGGGAAAUAUGAUACAUGGGGAGAGUGUCAGCUGCGAACGAAGAUUCGGAGCCAUAGGACCGUUGGACGAAAGUUCUAUGCGUCCGUCUUUGAAAAAUACGUGAAUGAUGAUAACCAAGAUUCAUAUUGA